AUGGCGAUUGGUGAUUCCUCCCAUUAUACAACACUUUCCGCUGCUAGAGCAGUGCUUGAUCGCUUCAUCCCUUCGCAUUCAUCCAGUUUCCAAUUUAACAUCAUCACUAAGGAGCAAUGUGGUGGAGUAUCCUGCUUUAUGAUAAGUAACCAUCCCUAUUCUAACUUGCUAGGUGCCCCUGAAAUUAUAAUCAGUGGUGUCACGGGAGUAGAAUUACUGUCCGGUCUUCAUUGGUACUUGAAAAACUUAUGUGGGGCCCAUAUAUCAUGGGAUAAAACUGGUGGUUCACAACUAUCUUCUGUGCCUAAGGCAGGGUCUCUUCCUCGUAUGAAAGAUGACGGACUUCUAAUACAAAGGCCCGUUCCUUGGAAUUACUACCAGAAUGCUGUUACAUCUAGUUAUACGUUUGCCUGGUGGGACUGGGAAAGAUGGGAAAAGGAGAUCGACUGGAUGGCUCUUCAAGGCAUUAAUAUGCCUUUGGCAUUUACUGGGCAAGAAGCUAUCUGGCAAAAAGUAUUUGCGAAAUUUAAUAUUAGCAGUUCAGACUUGAACGAUUUCUUUGGAGGUCCUGCAUUUCUGGCAUGGUCUCGCAUGGCCAACUUGCACGGAUGGGGUGGCCCACUGCCACAAAGUUGGCUAGAUCAACAACUUGCAAUGCAGAAGAAAAUUCUCACUACGUGGACGGAAGUUUACUAA